AUGGACGGGGACGGACUGGUGGACGUGGCCGUGGGGGCGCAGGGGGCGGCUGUGGUGCUGCGGUCCCGCUGGAUCCUGCAGGUGGCCGCGGCGGUGUCGGUGGAGCCGGCGGCUGUCAGCGUCACCCGGCGGAACUGCCGGCGCGGCGGCUCCGGGGCCGUCUGCCUCCGUGCCCGCCUCUGCUUCCGCGCCCAGAGCCGCUCCCGGAGCGCCCCCCCCGGGCAUGGAUCUCUCCGGUACAACGCGUCCCUGGAGGAGCGGGGCCCGGGAUCCCGAGCCGCCUUCGACUCCGGUGCCCGCCGGCUGCUGCAGCGCCGCGUAGAGCUCCCGCUGGGCCGGCAGAGCUGCGCCCGCGUCCCCUUCCACGUCCUGGACACCUCGGAUUACCUGCGGCCCCUCAGCCUCAGCCUCACCUGGGCGCUGGAUGAGGCCGCGAGCGGCUCCGUGCUGGAUGAGGCGUCUCCCACCUCCCUCCGCAAACUGAUCCCGUUUUUCAAGGAUUGCGGCGACGACGAUGAGUGCGUCACUGACUUGGUGCUCAAGGCCACCACGGACAUCGUGGGCUCCAGGCAGAGCCCCCACGUCCUGCGGAAGGGCCGGAGGAGGAUGCUGGUGGAGGUGGAGCUGGAGAACCGCAAGGAGAACGCCUACAAUGCCAGCCUGUGGCUGCAGCUGCCUGGGAACCUCCACUUCUCCAGCCUCGUGCUCCAGGAGCCCAGCUCGGUGAAGUUGGAGUGCUCGGCCCUGGGGGGGCAGCGCCGGCGCUGCAGCGUGGGGUACCCCGUGUUCCGCUCGCAGGCCAAGGUGUCCUUCACGCUGGAGCUGGAGUUCAGCUGCUCCGUCCUGCUGGACCGCGCCGAGCUCACGCUCAGGGCCACCAGUGACAGCAGGGAGGUGACACCGCAGGACAACGUGGUGGAGCUGUCAGUGCCCAUCCGCUACGAGGCCAACGUGUUCCUGUCCAGUGCCACCAACCUGCCCCGCUAUGAGCUGCACCCCCUGGGCACCUUCAGCUCCAGCGCCGGCCCCGAGUUCACCACCACGCUCAAGGUGCAGAACUUGGGGUGCCACCCCCUGCAGAACCUCACCCUGCACAUGGCCCUGCCCGCCCUGGGCCACCGCGGGGCCCCCAUCCUGUCUGUCACCCGGCUCCUGGCUGCCAACGCCUCCUGCAGGCUGCACCCCCCCAGCGAGGGCACCCCGGUGCCCCCCGAGGAGCUGCGGCACAGCGAGAGGCUGGACUGCUCCAGCAGCCGCUGCCGGGGGCUGAGCUGCGGCCUGGCCGGGCUGGGGCGGGGCGGGGGCGCCUCCAUCGAGCUCCGGCAGCGGCUGCACGAGAGCUCCUUCGGCGGGGUGAAAUUCAGGAGCCUGAGGAUCGUCAGCAGUGUCUGGCUGGGGGUCGAAGGGGGGCUCUUUGUGCUGGAGGAGGGGGCACAGCACAGGGAGAUUCCCCAUUUUCCCCCCUAA